AUGGGAGGCCUAGUCCCAAAUAGACAUUCCAACAGGCCCAAGCUUACCUGGGGGAGGAGAGAGAAUGAGACACGCAGGCACAGACCGAGCAAGAGAGAAAGAGAAUGGGGGGAUGAGAUCAGAAAGGGGGAGAAGGACCACUCCUCCUUGUUUUCCCCUCACACCUCCCCAAUUCCCUUCCCUCACCUUCACCCCUCCCUCCCAACUCCCCUUCACAUCAUUACCCACUCCCACCACUCUCCCCAACCUACUCUCCACUCUCAGACACCUCUACCUCCUCAGCUCUCACCCCUUUGGCCUCCCCCUCCAACCUCACUACUCGCAAUUCCCCCUCCUCCACACAUCACUCCCCUCCCUCAACCCUCCUCCCCACCCCUCCCCCUCACUUCCCAUCUCCUCUCUCCCUACCCCUCCCCUCAACACUCACCACUUUCAAUUCUCCCUCCUCCACUUCACCCCUUCUCCUCACCCUCACCUAUCACCCCUCCUGCCUCCCUUACACCCCUUCCCCUCCACCACACCCUCAUCACUCAUUCACUCCUCACCACUUCCCACACCCCUCACCCUUCCCCUCCCACUCACUCCAUCCCUCUCCCACCUUUUCCUCCCCUCUCACCCUCAACACACCCCCCUCCCCUCAUCCUCCCAAAUCCCACAGCCCUCACUUCCACUCCCCCUUCCUCACCCUCCCACUUCCCCCUCGCCCUCUACCCUCCUCUCCUCCCUCUUCACCUCUAUGCCUGCCCCAUCUCCCUUCCCCUCAACCCUCUUCCCUUCACCCCUCUGCCCCUCCCCCUCUCCCUGCCCUUCUUUUACUCCUUCCCUCCUCCCUUCAACCACUCACAAUUGCCCCUCCCCCACCCCUCCACCUCCCACACACCUCUUUCCCUCCACUUCACCCUCAUCACUCAUUCUCACUUCUCACCAAUUCCUACCCCCUCACCUCUUACCCUCAGCCCUCUCCAUCUCCCCCACUCCAUACCCCUCUUCCCUCCACUCCCCCUCCCACUUCCAAUCCCUCCCCUCUUCACUUUACCCUCAUCCCCUGCCCCUUCCUUCAACCCCUGCCCCCUCUACCCCACUACCCCCUCUCUCCCUCCUCUACUCCCCACCACUCUGCUCCCCUCUUCCACUCCGCAUCUCCCCCUUUUGGCCCCCCUCACCCACCCGACCCUACCCCAAACCCCCACUACCCCCUGCCGCUCUCCCCACCACCUCUACCCCUCCCCCUUGCACUUUUAG